GACAGCAGCACGGGGGCAGGCUUCUUAUGAACUUCAAUAUUGGACAUAUUUAGCCGACAUUUUUGACAGCACUGAAAAGGAUUUCUGGCUACAUCAGAGGGUAUCCUGCGUCUGUGUCUUGCCUCUUAAAUGUCUAGCAUGGUGUUGCUGUAGUGGAGAGGACCACUACCUCAGGACUUGCAGACAGUAACUCGGCCAGUUGACCACCAUGCCUCGCUCAAAGCCUAACUGGAGCCCCAUCUGGCUCACCUGUGUCCUCCUGGGCCUCUCGGCUGUACACACUCACGCCAAAGAUGUCCUUACUGUACCGCAGCAGGUGAGCCUGUCCGCUAACCUGGAUACACAGAAACUUUCCAUAUCCUGGCUGGGAGGAGCAGCCACAACCUUCGACCUCAUGAUUCUGAGAACUGAACUCAAUGAAAAAGUCUUCUACGAGACGGUGUCCGUGGCGGUGAAUCAGGGAGACGGACGGCACCAGUGGAACUGGACCUCAGUGGAACCUCUGGAGUGCACGUCGCUGUCCAUCAGAAUCCGCUCAAGAGACGGACAGACAAAAAGUGACUGGAGCAGCACUGAGAUACUUCAAGGAAGGGAUAUCCCCAGCAUCGAUCAAUUUGUGAUGUUCCCCCAGGACAGAAUCGUACCUGUGGGGGCCAACACCACCUUCUGUUGCAUCGUGGAGGAGAGGAAGCAGUUCAGCACCAUCCGCUAUGGCAAAACGCUCAUGAACAGCACUAGGCUAAGUAGGAGAAGUUACGCCAUUACUGCUGUGAAUCAGGGACUGUCCGGCAGUACAGGAACCAACGUCGUCUGUUACGAAAACCCGCCGACGGAACUGAUGGGAGCGGUGGUCUUUGUCGGAUAUCCGCCACUGCCCAGCGACUUUGUGUGCGAGACUCGUGACUUAACCUCAGCUGUGUGUCAGUGGAACGAAGGACGAGACACAAACCUGUACAGAAAACGAGGAACAAACUACACAUUGAACAACAGGAACUGUAUUGUGAGCCGCACGCAGGAGAAGCAGAAAGAGUGCAGUUAUGCCCAGUGGGAGGGAAACUGGACACUGGUAGCCGUGAAUCCUCUCGGCCAGUACGUCCUCACCGACUCUGCUGAGCUCAGACACAGAGUGCGUCCAGUAGCACCAGAGAACCUGAACGCCGCUAUCAAUGCCUGGAACGCCACUGUGAGUUGGCAGUGGAAGUACGACAACUAUUCCUCUCUGGCUCUUGACUGCGAGGUAGAGCUCGCCUCCCAAGGGGACAAAAAUAAUCUUAAUUUCUCCGGUCUGGGUCUCCGGUCGGUGGGCCUGUCAGACCUGUACCCAGAUGAGGAUUACAGCGUCAAAGUCCGGUGCAAGAGCUUCUGGAAAUGGGGAAACUGGAGCGAGCCGCUUUCCUUCAAAACCAAAGCUGAUGUUCCAGACGCUCUUGAUGUGUGGAUGUGGGUGAACAAAGACUACACUGGGCAGGUCCUUUGGAAGCCUCUGACACGGGGACAGAGCCACGGUCAGAUAAAGGCUUAUGAAGUUACUCUCUGGAGCCCCGAGGAAAAUCUACUGCUCCCACAACUCUUGUCACCGGAUACUUUUGCUCUACCAUUCAACCUCACACAGAACGCGACCCUCGGCGGCGGCAACAAGGUCACGGCAACCGUCAUUGCGAAGAACGCCGCUGGGGUGUCUCAACCUGCAAGUGUACAUAUACCACUACGUCUGACGGAUGUGGAACCCCGUUCCGUGUCCAGGGUCGUUUAUACAGACAGAGGCUUCCCUCUAUUCUGGCAGCUCGACGCCAAUGCCACCCGUGAUUAUGUGGUAGAAUGGUACAAUGCCUACUGCAAGUGGAACUGCCCUGUGGUGUGGAUCAAGGUGGCCGCCGGAAACACCAACGUGUCCGUUGAUUCAGCCGACUUCAAGCCAGGUGUGAUGUACAACAUUUCCCUGUACAGCAGCUCCUCGGAGGCACCAGAGCUGCUGCAGCGCUGGCAGGGAUACAUGCAGGAGCUGGUCCCCUCCGGUUCUGUCGCCCUGUCAACCACCCAGCAGGACUCUGACAUUCUCCUGACCUGGGGAGAGAUCCCGCUGGUCAACAGAAGAGGCUACCUCCUGGGCUACAACAUUUACAUCAGUAAUGGCUCCCAGCUCCUGCUUAUCGCCAAUCUGUCAGACCUAGGAAGCAGGAGCUACACAGUAAAAGGUCUCUCUGUAGGCUCCUAUAAGUUUACUGUCAAGGCCUACACCUCAGCAGGCGAGGACACGGGCGCCACUGCCUCCAUAAUGCUGGAGCCAUACACUGAUUGGUUGAUACUGGAAAUCUUGGUUUCCCUGGGAAUCACAGCCGUAUUCCUGGUCAUUGUCACCUUCGUUUGCUACAAGAAAAGGAAAUGGGUGAAAAAGGCGUUCUAUCCAGACAUUCCUGAGCCCAAGCUGCCUGGUGAUUGGUCCAGGUCACAGGAGCCGCUGGAUGUGAAGCCAUCUCCCCAUAGUUUGGUCCACAUGGUGGAGAGGCCCGAGUGGGAUUCUAGCAAAGAGCUGCUCGUCGUCAUUCCGGAAGAGGACGAGGAUGAGGACGGGCAGGGGCUGGGAGAUGAGCCAGCUGACAUGGAUGAGCCGGCUUCAUUGCGCUACUACAACCACGUGGUAGACGAGCGGCCCAUACGACCGCGUUUCCCAGACUCCUCGGAUUCUUCCGCGUCCUCUUUGGAUUCAGCGCGCACCGAUGUGACGUACACGGGGAUCCAGACAUCGGGAUCUUCCUUGGUCUUCCAGCUGGACCCACAGGGCUCUUCCGAGGGCCACCAACCCCAGGCUGAUAUGUUGUUCUGUGGAGGAGGAGGAGGAGGAGGAGGAGGUUACCGGCCCCAGAUGCAAUCUAGAGCCCAAAGUGACGACGCCGGCUUGGCUUCACCAGAUCCUUUCUUAGAGCCCCAGGCUGCAGGUGAGGGGGGCUACAAACCCCAGAGCUCCUGGCAUUUGGACUCCCCCGUGGAGGCCGGGGAGAGCGGCGGCCUGGCCCCCUCUCUCGGGUCCCCCACCUCAGUGGCUUCGACUCAGUUCCUCCUCCCUGACGGAGAGGAGCACUCAGAGGAAAGGCGACAGCCGUCAUCAUCGGCGGCGACCUGGUUCACCAACCUUCUGUCAUCCACUAAACCAUGAUAUCAUCUCUCGCUUACUACUAGCAGUCAGGCCAGGGGGGAGUUUGUGUAACAGAAAACUGUCUGAUUCACUGCUGUUACCAGUGUCAUACAUCAAACAAGCCUCACCCAAACGGUCGAGGCAAAUAUCCCCUCUUGAUGUAGCACUACAUUAUUACAGUUGCACUUUGACAGCAUCUUAAUAAUGCUAUUAUUAAGAUGCUUUCUGUGCUUAUUCCAAACAUACAGAAAGAUAGUUUAUCUCACAUGGUAAUAACAUAAAUUAAAACCUGUAUAUUUAUAUAUCAAAAGAUGUCUAUUCUGAAAACAAACAUUGGCAUCUCCCUGGUAACCCGGUGGCUGUUAGGUCCCCUGACUCCCUAUCAUGGGCAUUUAGCAAUGGCAGAUCCUGUGUUUCAAAUGCCUGUAUCCAGUUUUUAGUCUUGCAUUUAAGAUGUUUUUAUUUUUGUCGAUGUGAGCUUUACCACACUACGGAAGAAAACUGAAAGCACCAAAUGACAGAACUGUAAAAGUAAGGGACUUUUCUUUUUGGAAGAAAACUACAGAAGAAUUGUUUCGGUGGAAGGUAGCUAAGAAAGAAAACCGCCGUUUACAGUAUCCAUAUCUUCUGCUGGUGCGCCAUUGGGAUAAUAUUGACUGUUUUAUGAAAGUUGAUGAGCUACUGAAUGAAAAGAGAAAAAUUAUUUUAAAGGUGUCCCUUUCCUGGAUCAUUACCAAGGUAGCUUCUAACAUUGCAGACAUGAUCUAUUUUAGACAAAUCACUGUCUGAACAGUGAGAUGUCAGUUGAAAGCUGCACUUGUGAAUGAGAGCAGUCAUUAUUUUACGCAGAUACAGGAGUGGCGCUGUCUGGAAUUUUGUGGGUGAUUAGCCCCGUGGAUAUAUACACUGAUAUAAGCUAGAACAUGAAUACAAACUGAUAACUGAUGUAAUUUACUGAACAAACACUAUUAUGUUAUUUUUGGGUGUUUUUAUUGUUUUGUCUUUCUUUAACCAGUAGAGGUUCUUGCAUUAUUUUCUUUUUUUUUUUCCUGUUGAGAAAUACAUUUCACAGUCAGGCCAGUGUCCUCUUUUUAAUGUUACUAUUUGUCACACGUUGUCCUCAAGUUGAGGAUUGGUAUUGAACAAGGUAUGAAAAUUCACUUGGAUGGGUAAUUAAAGUGUUAGAUUGCCUUGAUAAAAUAUAAUACUUCCAGACAUUUGCACCAUGUCACCUUUCACACACUGCCUUGCUCCUAAAUGUUUAUGUAUAAUGAUAAAAGAUUAUUUUACAAUAAUGCAGUUCAGAAAUGUAUUUUAUUGGACAUACAGUUUCCACUGGCACUGAGAGUUACAUACAAAGGAUGAAUCAAUUUUAGCAAGCGCUGAAAUUACUAAACUCUGGUUACAUUAUAUUUGUGUGCUUGUGAAGAAUAUUUUUUUUCUUUGGUCGCUUUAUCUUCAAGCACAGAGAAGUGGUAGAUAACGCAUUUGAUUUUGAUUUGCUGUGCUUGAAUGCUUGUUAUUUUAUGGAGAUCUUAGUCCACGAUACAUUUGAAUAUUUUUGUGUUUGUUUUUUUCGCUUAAUUUCAUUACAAAUUAUUCCUGAAGCCUCCUUGUACAUUUCGUGACUGGAAAUAGGGACAGCGGGGAAAUCGGAUACUGGGAAAUUAACAGAGAAUUUCCAGAAAUGCUAUCACCAAGUUUAUGUUUGUUUGUUUUUGAGACAAAAAUGUGUAGAAAUGACCUUGUGAAUAUUAGUCGCUUGACAGCACUUUGGCGUCUCCAUUUCGGUGUAAAACACAAGCCACUAAUUGCCAAAGUACACUCCACAUAGUCCAAUCGCUCUCCACUCGUGUGGACAUUGCGGGUGUUGCCCCAUUGGCUCGGCUUCCCAAAAGCAUCAUUAUGCAAAGAUCAUCCUUUGACAUUGUAAUCUAGUGGUAGCCAGGAUGUUUAUUUUCUAUUUUUCAGAGCCAGGCCCUUGCUGACCUGUGUGGCAGCCUGUGGUUUUUAAUGUUUUCUCAGUGCCUCCAGACAACAAGCUUUAAGUAAAAAACUACUGUGACAGGAAUGAUGAUUUAGAGUAACUUUAAUGGAUGGCUUUACUGAUGAACUGAUGACAGGGCAGCCAGUCCUCUCUUUGACUACUGAGGGAAAUGUAUCGCCUCUUUCUCUUUGCCUUGUAACACUAAUCUGCAGUGAUUGAUGGGAAAAAGUGGUUGAAAGAAUUAGUCUAAAGCUACACCUUUCGCCUCAGUAAAUAGUGAACCAACCAGUUGCAUUGUGAGAUCAGUGGUCACUUCAAGGCGGUGUAAAAGGGUGGAUACAGUUCUGGGUAUUUAAAUAUGCCUGCAGAUUGUUUUCCUUUGGAGUCUGUAUUCUCAAACAAGCACAGCUUUGGAGAGUAACCUAUGAACGCAUGUGUUACAUGCUUUUAUGUUGAUUUGGAUCAACCAAACGGCACCUUUUCAUUUUUCUCUAAAUCUUUGUUUUUAUACAACUAACUGUACAUAAUUGUCAUUCUCUUUAAUUUGUUUCCCUUUAACAGUAAAAAAUGAUAUUCCCUAUGCUGCAACAGGCAGUGAAUGUUGACCAACCAGCUUUUUUCAAGAGAAUAAAGGCAAAUGUUUGUGUAGACGACACCAGAUACGUAGAGUCCUAUGAAAUGUAGAGGCGUCCCACUUUGACUGUAAAUUUAUUGUGUGCUUAAACACAUGGAAAGCUUUUGAAGCAUGUCUGAAAAGUCGUGUAAACUGAAUUCGAACUGUGAUCCUGUCUUCUUAGUGUAGUUUAGCCUGCUUUGCAUCCCUAUCUCAUCACUGCAAUGUCGCUUUGCCAGACACAUUGUAAUCAGGACAAGGGUAAUCCCCAUGCAGGCUCAAAUGUGGCAACUGCUGACAUGCAAUUUUCCUUACCUUUUUUUUCCUCCAUUUUUAAUUGGAGUCAAUGUUUACUUGGUGGAACAUAACAAUUUUGUGCUUUAUACAGCAGUGUACGCUUACUUCCUUACACAACUUCAUCUCUGGCAUAAGAUGUUUCUACAAAUCGAUGCAUGUUGUAUAAACUACUACUAAGAGAACAUUGGCUCGUAAAUCCUUUAAACUCCAUGUUUACGUUACCCUAUAGCUUUAAAAGCACUAACACAGACUAGUGUUGUGCGUGGCAUUGCGCACCAGAAAAAGGUUUUCAUUUAUUUUUUUAAAUGCUUUAAAUUCCAUAUAUUUUGCUGAAUAUUUUACUAUUGAUUGAAUGACAGUGAAGUGCUUCUGAGUUAAUAUGUGAACAUUAACACUAAUAACACAAAUUGAAAUGCUACUUGUUUAAAGGCAAUAAAAGUAUCUGUCUGGCCA